CUUGUCCUCCGCCAACAUCUCACUUUGUUCAAAGUCAUAUAAUACACUUCAUCCCAAUACCGCAAUGAACGCUCAGUAUGGAGCCCUCAGCUUAGAUUCAUUAAUGGGGAAAGCUCAGGAUGUUACUGCCUUUCUUCCUGAUGAGUUCUCUUACCUCGUAGAAGCUUUCGCACCAUCUCAGCCAGAAUCGUCGCGCUCGAAAGCGUAUCUCGUGCUCUCUGCGUUCUGUCAAGGGACGCGGUCGCAAAAACCUCAGGAGUCUGGGCCCACCAACUCUGCCACGGAAAUACUAGAAAAAGUUUUCCAGCCUCUUAUCAUCUCCCGCAUUUCCAAUCAUCAGGAGCAGGGUGCGAUAGUCGUUGGGCUCUCUUUCUUCUCUGCGUUAUUCCACGUCGACUGGCAGUCCGCUUCUCGUGUUUUCGCGCAAGAUGGCAUGGUUGAAUAUGUAACAGAUGCCCUUGAUUUAUAUCCAUCAUCACCAUCGGUUGCCUUGGAGGUUGCUCGUAUGAUCGGUCAGGCUAGUGGACACAAGGCAUGCCGUGCUCUUAUAUCUGAGGAAAUCAUCACCUGGCUUGGGAAUAAGUCCCGUCAGGCUACCGACAAAAAUUUGCGCGCAGCAGCAGCCAUCGCCCUUGUGAAAUUAUCUCGAGGGGCAGAAACGGAUGCCUCAGAAGGCGCGGAUGCAUCACAGGGAACGACAUCUACCUCCAAGGAUAUGGAACUUGCUGAGUUGCUGAAAGGAAUGGUCAUCGGUGACAAGGACUCUCUGUCCUCCCUCAACGACGUCGUUGAAGGCCUUGCAUACCUCAGUGUUGACCCAGAUGUCAAACAGACCCUGGCGAAUGAUCCCAAGUUCUUGCAGCAGCUCUUUACACUUGUUCCUAGACGUAAGCCCCUGCCCACAUCUGCCAGUAAUUCUAGCCUCCUCUUUGGCAUUCUUCUCAUCAUAUCCAACCUCUGUGCCUACCGUCCUCGCCUCAGUCAAGAAGAUGCGCAGGUCGCCAAGCUGAAGCGCAUGGCUAAGGCCAAUAAUGGAUCCAAGAGGACAACGGCCGAGGAACCACCAAAUGCAUUGGAAGAUGAUGCUGCAGUUAAGUCCAGAUGCUGUCAAGUUCUUGCAAGUGGCGCCCUUGAUGUCUUGUCUGUGGCUUCCAGUGUAGAGAGCCAAGGCAUCAGACUCGCAUUGGGUAAAAUAUACCUAUGCAUCGUGGAGGACAAAGAUAACAGAGGGAAAGUCCUCCAGAGCGGAGGUGCACGGAGUCUUUCUCGUGUCAUACAGUCUUCGUCGUCCUCCACAUCGUCCUCCACAUCGUCCUCCGCAUCGUCCUCCGCAUCGUCCUCAUCCUCCACACAUAUUGAUACCUCCCUUCUCCCUGCAAUUCAAGCUUUGGCGAAAUUGACCAUCACAUCUUCCCCCCUGCAAGUCUUCGGGCCUACUGAUGGCGCCAUGCUUGAUGCAAUACGGCCCCUGUCACAACUGUUGCUCCAUUCAUCCUCAAAUCUUCUACAACAAUUUGAAGCCUUAAUGGCCUUGACAAAUAUCGCUUCACAAAGCACAGAGUGUGCCGAUCGCAUCUCUAGCACUUCUCACCUUCUCAACAAAGUCGAACUUCUCAUGCUGGAGGACCAUACGCUCAUCCGGCGAGCAGCCACUGAGCUAAUAUGCAAUCUUGUUGGGGGUUCUGAGAAGGUGUUUUUCAGGUAUGGCGGUUCUCCAGAUGUUCAUGCAACGAAGUCCAAGUUACAAGUACUUCUUGCGAUGUCGGACAUGGAUGACCUUCCGACAAGACUUGCUGCGUCGGGUGCUUUGGCCAUAGUGACCAGCGUGUCUACUGCUUGUCAAGCAGUAUUCGAACUUCAGUUGGAUCACCACAGGGCAUUUUCGAUCAUCGCACGUCUUAUAGACCCAUCUGUCAUUCUGGAGGAUGACGAUCCCGGUGAUGGCGAAGCAGCCGGAAUUCCAGGGCUUGUGCACCGUGGAGUCGUAUGCCUCCGCAACAUAUUCAAUCCACAGCACGCCCCUCCUCGCUUGUCACUUGUGGAGGAAGUGGAGAAGGCAGGUUUGGUGAAUGUUGUGACCAGAUUGUUGAGAGGUGAACUUGGAUCAUUUGACACUGCUGUAACUAUCCCUGCUGCUGAGGUUUUGAGGCAUCUGGUUGAGCUUAAAAAGUCAACGAACAGCUAGUACACUGUCUAAGAAACCGAGUAGGGACUACAUUGAUAUUGUCAUGUUGCGUGGUUUAUAUCUAUGUGCAAGUCGGGACUUUACCACCGAG